AUGUUAAUACUGGAGGCCUUAAGGUCAGCAAGAUAUGCACAAGAUGCAGUUAGCGAAAAGUUUAGAUUACACCUGACAGCAUCAACUAUCUCACCCGUUGGUGUAAAGCCUCUUCGAAGGACUUAUUCCAUAUCAGAGCCAAUUCCUGACACUGAAAACAGUGGGACAUCGAUACUUGAGUGUGUUCCGUUGGAGACAGACAAGAAAGGCAACUUUUACGACAAGUCAACUGGUCGCAAAGUGGUUUUAAAAGGCAUCAAUGUGGACGCUCUGAUGAAAUUACCCGUUGACCCAUACAUGCCGUCAUUUAAAGGUGACCCAACCAAUCCCAGUGACAUAUUUUUUGACGGAGAUACAGUGUCAUUUGUGGGUAGACCUUUCCCAUUGGAAGAAGCAAGAAUGCAUUUCUAUAGAAUCAAGAGUUGGGGCUACAACACCAUUCGGUACUUAUUAACCUGGGAGGCGGUCGAGCACGAAGGACCGGGCAAGUAUGACGAGAAAUUUGCCGAAUACACUUUGGAGAUGUUGAAAAUCAUCGGUGAAAUUGGUGGGUUAUACGUGUUUCUUGAGUUUCACCAAGAUGUUUGGUCUAGGUAUUCAGGAGGCAGUGGGGCGCCUAUGUGGACAUUCUAUGCCGCUGGGCUAGAUCCCAAAAAGUUUACCCUUGCUGACUCGGCAAUACUUCACAACGAGCCUAGGUUUCGUGACACCACUGACACAUACCACAAAAUGUUGUGGACAUCAAACUACAAGCGUUUGGCCCCGUUAGUAAUGUUUACCAUGUUCUUUGCUGGCAAAUACUACUUCCCCAACUUGAUCAUGAAUGGCGAAAACAUACAAGAUUAUCUUCAAAACCGUUUCUUGGGAGCAGUCGAAUUCAUAUGGAAAAAAGUGUGCGCUGGUGUACCUGAGUUGCUCAAAAAUGGAACUAUAAUAGGAUUUGAGUCUAUGAAUGAGCCCAAUUGUGGCUUAAUAGGGUACCCCGAUAUUGGUCAGUUGCCUGAUUUUCAGCAAUUACGUGUGGGAACUACUCCAACAGCAUUUCAAUCAAUGAGACUCGGUAUGGGAUUCGCCUGCGAGGUUGACGAGUAUAGAAUAACUGUCACUGGUCCACGGAAAUAUGGAACAAAGAUCGUCGAUCCAAAAGGUGACAAGGCGUGGCUAUCACCAGAAGCUGGUAAGGCUAUUGAUGAGCAUUACGGCUUCAAGAGAGGCGAGAAGUGGGAAUUGGGAACUUGCAUUUUUGCCGCCGAGGGAGUUUGGAGCUGGCCCCAAGUAACGAAAGACAUGACUGCAAUGACACAACAGCAGAGGCUUGAUAUUAGCUCAAAGUGUAAGAUAUUAGAGCCUGAAUUUUUUAGUAAACCAUAUCCACAACAUAAUUACGAUCUGCAUGUAACCAAGGUCGACACUCACACAUUUGUCAAUGUUCAUUAUUCUGACCAUAUUGUUCGAUUUAAAGAGCUAAUUCGCAAAUACACUCCAGACGCAUUUGUCAUGCUUCUGACACCAGUAUUGGAAGAACCCCCGCAUUUGAAAAAUGACAAGAGAAACAUCAUCGAUGACAAGAUCAUCUAUUGUCCGCAUUAUUAUGACGGUUUGACGUUGAUGCAAAAGAGUUGGAACUUUAAGUUCAACGUUGACACGCUAGGCAUUAUGAGAGGUGCCUAUUUGAAUCCCGUGCUUGGUAUUGUUUUCGGAGGAAGAGCAAUUCGCAAUUGUAUUCAAAAGCAAUUUUGUGAAAUAAGGCGAGAGUGUAAUGAGUAUUUGGGGGAAAUUCCUAUUCUCAUGUCAGAGACAGGGAUGCCAUUCGAUAUGGAUGACAAGCGUUCAUAUAGAAAUGGAAAGUAUAUUUCGCAAACUGCUGCUAUGGAUGCAUUAUGCAAUGCCUUAGAAGCUGCUAACAUGUCACAUACAUAUUGGUGUUAUUCCAGUGGCAAUAACCACAAGUACGGAGACAACUGGAACAAUGAAGAUUUCUCCUUUUGGUCGGCUGAUGACCGGAACUUGACAUUUGAAGACGAGUGCGAAACACCAGAAAUUAGAAACGAGACUGAAAGUGAACAAAGCCGAAUCAAAACAGCUAGAGCAUUAAGGAAAGCGAAUAGAAAAUUAAAGAGAGCAGCUAAAAUGGGCCGCUCUGGCUCAGUUGAUAGCACUGCUUCGGCAACAUCGGCGUCAUCCAGUGAUGCUUACACUGAUGCAGAAUCUGAUUCAACGUCUCAGUCAUCUGUUAUUUCAUCCACCAGCUCAAAUGUAUAUCGUCGCCAGUAUGGAAAAUGCUAUCCUUCGCCUGAUGGAGUUAGGGCUGUUGGUGCAGUUGUUAGGCCGUAUUUGAUGGCAUCUUUGGGUAGGGUGGUUGCCACUGAGUUUGAUAUCAAACUAGUAAAGUUUGCACUUCAGCUUGUUGUUGACAAAACAGAUCCAAGAGUUGAAAAUACCCCCACCAUAAUCUUUGUGCCGAAGUGGCAUUUCCCAUUCUUGGACUAUGGUGAUGUAUUUUUGUCUUCAGGGUACAUCAAAUACAAUGAGGAUUUGCAAUAUAUCGAAUGGUACCAUUGCAAUGAUCCAACAUUAAAGCAAAAUGCAACUCUGACAACAGACGAUAAGACCAGCACUGAGACCAUUAUUAUAAGGAACAAUAGUGGCUCUUUAGAGGACGCAAAGAUUAUCGAGGAGAGGAGAUUGGGAUGUACAAUUAGUUAA